AUGGGAUGUCAUGCGCGUGUUGCUGUUCCGAAAGCUCAACUGGGCCUGCCAGAGCUGACACUUGGUAUUAUUCCCGGAUUCGGAGGUACACAGCGUCUUCCAAGGCUUGUUGGGACGUCUAAAGCAGUUGAAAUGAUGCUGACAUCUAAACCAAUCACGUCGGAAGAAGGGCAGAAACUAGGAAUUAUUGAUGCUAUUGUAUCUUCCGAGGAGUUACUAAAGGUAUCUAGGCUGUGGGCUCUUGAAAUUGCCGAAAAGCUCAAACCUUGGGUUCGUUCACUUCAUAUAAAUGGUGAACACAACACAAUUAUAUAUCAAUUUUGUUAG